AUGUCCCGGCGAAAGAUCUCCUCGGAAUCCUUCAGCUCGCUCGGCUCGGACUACCUGGAGACCAGCCCGGAGGAGGAGGGCGAGUGCCCCGUGGCCAGGCUUCUCUGGAACGGCAGCCGGAGCCCCGCUGCCCAGUCCGGGGCUACCACUCCGGGGGCUACCGCUCCUCCUGCGCCGCCGGAGGCUUUGGCGGCGGCAGCGGCGGGUCCCCCUGGCCCGGUCCCCGCGGGCUCCCGGAGGGUUCCUCGCAGAAGGCGGGUCAACCUCGACUCCCUGGGCGAGAGCAUCAGCCGCCUCGCCGCCCCCACGCCACAGACCAUAAGGCAGACUCUCCAGAGGACACUACAACAUUAUGAGCAUCAAGUUAUUGGUUAUAGGGAUGCUGAAAAGAAUUUCCACAAUAUUUCCAACCGAUGCUCCUACGCAGACCAUUCUGGCAAUGAUGAAACUGAAGAUGUCUCAGGAAUUCUCCAGCGUACAGCAAAUAUUCUUGGUUUAAAGUUUGAGGAGCUACAAGAGAAAUUCGGGGCUGAAUUCUUCAAUAUCUGCUUCAAUGAGAAUGAGAGAGUUCUUCGAGCUGUGGGUGGCACCUUGCAAGAUUUUUUUAAUGGCUUUGAUGCUUUGCUGGAGCACAUAAGGACUUCGUUUGGGAGGCAGGUCACUUCAGAAUCCCCUUCUUUCCUAUGCAAAGAGCUCCCUGAAGGCAACCUGAUGCUUCACUACUUUCAUCCCCAUCAGAUUGUUGGGUUUGCCAUGAUGGGCAUGGUGAAGGCAGCAGCAAGGAAGAUCUACCAACUGGAUGUUGAAGUGGAACAGAUUGUAAAUGAUAAACUAUGUUCUGAGGACCUAAACCCAGGCAACUGCAGCUGUCUCACUUUUAUUAUCAAAGAGCAUGAAAAUGCAUAUAUCACAAAAGCGCUUCCUCUGGGGACAUCUCAAUCCCCCUCAGAUUUGAGGAUAAGCAUUAAUACCUUCUGCCGUGCUUUUCCUUUCCAUCUGAUGUUUGAUCCCAGCAUGUUGGUACUACAGCUGGGUGAAGGACUGAGGAAACAGCUCAAGUGUGAGGUUCAUAAGACAUUGAAAUUCCAGGACUGCUUUGAAAUUGUUUCUCCAAAGAUUGCAGCCAUGUUUGAUCGUGUCCUUCUGAGACUCUCCACCCCUUUUGUGAUCCGAACCAAACUUGAAGCCUCUGGCUCUGAAAAUAAAGACAAG